UAUUGGAGACAGCAUGAGCACACCGGUGUUCAUCGAUUUGCCUAUUCCUGAACAGGCUCAGGAACUACGAAUAUUCCUGAAAUCUCUGGGUGCUUCUAUAUCAGAGGAACCUUCCGAAGAUGGAAUACACACGGAUCUUAGAAAUAUCAUUGAAGCAACAAAUGUCUGCUGGACAGAAAUCAACAAUGAAACAGAUCUGGAAAUGAUCUUCAACAGCAUCAUAUCCCUGAUCCUAGUCUUGCCACAGGAGGAAAUGACUGAACCGAUCACCAUGUUCUGUGAGAAAGUUGGAAAGCAACAACAGAAAGCAGACAAAAGAUCACAGAACAGAAUCAAAGUAUUGUCUAAUUUGUUUUAUGGUAUGGAAGAGAAAUCUGCACUACGAGCUGAUGUUUAUGUAGCUAUGAUAAAAUUAGCACACCAAUCAGACCUCAUCCAAAUGGUGGAUACAGACUUAGAUAAGGUGAAGAAGUGGACAUCAAUGUGGGACAUCAGUGCUAAAAAAUUACAAAAUCUGCUUAGAAAUCUACAUGAUGCACUUAUAGACUCAAAAUUAAGUGAAAAUGCUACCAAAGUGAUGAUAGAUUUACUCGGCUCCUACACUGAAGAUAAUGCAUCCCAAGCUCGAGAUGACGCCCACAGGUGUAUAGUAACACAUUUAGGAGAUCCCAACACGUUUCUUAUGGACCACCUCCUGACUUUAAAACCAGUCAAGUUUCUGGAAGGAGAGCUUAUCCAUGAUCUUUUGACGAUAUUUGUUUCUGGGAAGAUAUCCCAAUAUCAGCAGUUCUACAAGAAUAAUACAGAUUUUGUGAAAUCUCUGUGCCUGUCCCAUGAACAGAACAUGAGGAAGAUGCGUCUGUUGACAUUCAUGCAGAUGGCUGAGAACAGAACUGAGAUUGAGUACAGCGUUCUUCAGGAAGAGAUGUUGAUCACUGCUGAGGAGAUAGAACCAUUUGUCAUUGAUGUAUUGAGAACGAAGGCUGUAAGAGCUAAAAUUGACCAGAUGCAAAAGAAAGUUUUGAUCAGCUCAACGACUCAUCGGACGUUUGGUCGCCAGCAGUGGCAGAUGUUGAAGCAGCACCUUAUACAGUGGAAGGAGAAUCUUAAAGGUGUACAAGCCAGUCUAUCACAACUUGAUCUUAUUAACAGCCAGAACUCCACCGCGUAGUCACUGCAGUAGACAUCCCUCGAUCUCUGGUCAGUUGGACUGGUCAGUGGUCAUUAUUCUAUGGACAUAGGUUAAAGGGUUGAAAGCCAAUCUUGGUGUUUACUCUUUAUGAGAGACAGUCUCUUCCUAAUCGCAGUGUAAAAGACUUGUGUGGCAGCAGUUAAUUAUCAACCAACGUGGGCACAGGAUUUCAAUCCUGGUGCAUAUAUUUAUCUCGUAGGUUCUAACAGAGCAGUUCUAGAGAGUACAAACACAGGACUUGUGCCAGCGCAGGAGCUGGUUUGUGUUUAUUCUCCUGCCACAGUGGACUUCCUGGAACUUGAUGGGCAGGAUAUUUGUUGAAUUACUUAUGAAAGUUAAUAGACAUCAUACUGCCAUUCAUUAUUUAUUUUAAAAAACAAUUGCCCAUCAAAUUUCAGGUUUCUUCUGUAUGUUUUAUAACUGAAGUGCUCAGCAAGUAAGUUUUUUUUUCUACAUAAAAACUGUCAUGGACAAUUUUGAAUCAGUGAUUACAAAAAAGUGCAAAUAUUUCAAAAUAAACCUUUCAACAAAUUGCAAA